UCGUUUUACAACGGCGUCCGGGCCACCCGGCCUAGAGGAGUCGAGCCAACCCCGGGCUGUGCCCUGUGGCUGGGCUGGGCUCUGGGCGCGCAGAACCACCGCCCGAGGCGCACCAGUCGUGUCGCGAGGCAGGUCCUUCUGGAAUUCCUGUGGUGGCUCAUCCUGAUUGGCUGAGCUUUCCCUAAUCUGACGUCUGGUCUCGUCUCACUGCCGGCCUUUUUCCUGGGAAGAUGUUCCUGGUGGGCCUGACAGGGGGCAUUGCCUCAGGCAAGAGCUCAGUGAUCCAGGUGUUCCAGCAGCUGGGUUGUGCAGUGAUUGAUGUUGAUGUCAUCGCCCGACAUGUUGUCCAGCCAGGAUGCCCUGCCCACCGGCGCAUCGUGGAGGCCUUUGGCACUGAAGUCUUGUUGGAGAAUGGAGACAUCAAUCGCAAGGUCCUGGGGGACCUGAUAUUUAACCAGCCUGACCGGCGGCAUCUGCUCAACACCAUCACCCACCCUGAGAUCCAAAAGGAAAUGAUGAAGGAGACCUUCAAGUACUUCCUUCGGGGAUACCGCUACGUGAUUCUGGAUAUCCCCCUGCUGUUUGAGACCAAGAAACUACUCAAGUACAUGAAGCACACAGUGGUGGUAUACUGCGACCGGGACACACAGCUAGCACGGCUGAUGCGGCGGAACAACCUGAACCGUGAGGACGCAGAGGCUCGGAUCAAUGCUCAGCUGCCUCUGAAGGACAAAGCCCGCAUGGCCCGCCACGUUCUAGACAACUCGGGCGAGUGGAGCAUCACCAAACGCCAGGUCAUCCUUCUGCACGCGGAGCUGGAGCGCUCCCUAGAGUACCUGCCCCUGAGGCUCGGAGUCCUCACAGGUCUGGCUGGCAUUGCCAGCCUCCUCUAUUUGCUCACCCGCUACCUCCUGCCUUCCCCCUAGCUGGGGACUUCAAGACAGGAAGACCCAGGCCUCGAUCUCCUCGGAGGCUGAAGCUAGGUGAUGAAUGCAUCCUGUUUUCUCAGCCCCCUCAUAUCCCUCCCCCUCUCUCUCCUUAUCUCUCUCUCUCUGGGCUGGAACCCUGCACUGGGCUGACCCUUGUUUGGGGUACAUUCUGUCUGAGGCAAAGAAACAGCCCUGUCAGUAGAUAUUCCUUCCUACAUUCCCCAGGGCCCUUUCCUCUGAAACCACCUACAGUGUCCACAGUGGGACAUGAAAGCAACUGUGGGAGACAUAAAUUUAUUGUGGGUGGGAAUGAGGAACACUGUCUGUGUGGCUGUCAGCAGUGUUUAAAGCUGGGAAGUUCCCUGGGCUUGGACCCUCUCUGAGCACAUGCCCCAUUGUGGCCAAAACCUCCUUCAUGGACCAUGGCAAAUCAUUUUAGACCAAGGACUACCAUCUUCAAACAGGACUCUCCCUUAGGUUGAUGCCCUUGGCCAGGAUGCUGUGAGGAUUCCCUGUGGGUAAUGCAGUAGUUUGCAGAGGCCAGGCCUCUUCUGGGAUGACCCACUGUCCCCCUUUGGCAUUUGUCCAGCAUUCCCCUUACCCUGCUCAUCACCUCCCACCAUUCUGUACCUUCCACUCCAUGUACUCCUAGCCCUGAACCCCUGGUAGUCCAAGCACACCAGGCUGUUUCUGACCUCCGUGCCUUCACUGUGCUGUUCCCCUACCUGGAAUACUCCUCCCCCUGUAACUGGCUGACUCCCAGCUCAGGCACUGUGUGAAGCCCCAGGCUGGGUUAGGUGCUCUGGGAUACCACCAUCAUCGUGUUUUAUCUGAAUCCACAGUACAGCAAUCAACCCAAAGCUGUUGGUCUCUCCUACUAGACUGUAAGCCCUUUGAGGGCAGGGACUGUCUUAUUCAUCUCUGUUCCUUGUGCAGAGCCUGCCUCGCCAUUGGUGCUUAAUAAAGUGUGUUGAUCUGAAA